GGUGACUGACGAAAUCGGAUUUUCCCUCACGCCUGAGAUGACUUUGAUAUAAGUGGCUCGCAGAACAGUGUUUGUGGAAACAGUACGUGGUAUGCCCGGCUAAACAACAGCUUUCAGGAAAUGGAUCUUAAUACAAUUCUGAAUGAAUAGGUUGAUUGCGCGAACUAGACCCGUGAUUGUGUAAGCCUUGGAAACGACUCAUUCAUCUAGCUAGGAUUAUCGAUCACUUCACACACAGAGUUGAAUGGACAGGUUUGAUAUAGAAAUACAAAUCGUCAACGCCAGAGAGUAAUCAGUCUGAUUAUCUGCCGACACAGACACAACGUAUAGACGUAAAGACAUGAAUGUACAGCGUGUAUGAUGUAUAGCGCAUUGUAUCGAAGGAAACAAGGACAGUCGUCCCUUGCAUCUAACCUCCCCAGCAGCCAUACAAUCAAUACAAGAGUUACUCAGCAUCCUGAAGAUCCUACGAAAAAAGUACGAACCGGCUCUGAGAAAACGGAAGAUGCAGUCACAACUAAAUCCACCAUGAGCAGAAAAACAUCUGAACAGAAGUCACGACGACAAGAUGGCAGACAUGCAGGGAGACCUGGAACCAGUCAUCGACACAGAGAUCACCCAAGGCCUCAUGGGAAGACAUCAGCAACUGAUGAAGUAAUACGUGGUAAUGUGACAGUGGAAUGUCCGUCCACAGCCAAAAUUGUCCGGAUCUUUACAAGCAGCACAUUUACAGACACUCGGAAUGAGCGGAACGCCCUGAUGGAGAGUGCGUACCCCACCCUGAAAGAGGUGUGCCAGCAGCAGGGGUAUGAGUUCCAGGUGGUGGACAUGAGAUGGGGGGUCAGGGAUGAGGCCACGGACGACCACAUGGGGACAGAACUUUGUCUGAGAGAAAUUGAUCUCUGCAAGAAAUUGUCUACCGGACCUAAUUUUGUUACAUUUCUAAGCCACAAAUAUGGUUACCGUGAUUUCCCAAACAAAAUUGAAGCAACUGAAUUUGACAAACUGUUUGCUGCUGUGGAAGAUGAAGAAGCGUUAAUGCUACUUAAAACUUGGUUCAAGAGGGAUGACAACGCCGUUCCCCCGACCUAUUUCCUUCAACCAAUCAGCUCCAUUCUACCAGACUUCCGAGAUGAGAAUGAGGAAAAGCGGAAGUCCGCAAAAACAGUUUGGUAUGAUCAGAAUGCAAUCAUGCAGGAAGCCCUUGUGAAAGCAGCCAACAAGAAACUUGAUACAAAGGCGGCUCAUCGCUACGUCAUGUCUGUGACUGAGGCAGAAAUCACACGAGGGAUAGUGGAGUCCGAAGAUAGGUUGUCCAGCUGUUUGUGGUUUCACCGACACAUUGAUGCCAUAGAUAAACAGGAACCAGGCUACAUUCUAAGCAGAUAUAAGGAAUGCCUUGGACCUGAAGAGAGAAUCAAAGAAUCUCAGGAUCUCCUAUCUGAUCUGCGGGACAAAAUACUCCCAACCCUGUUGCCCUCUGAGAAUCACAAAACAUACAACGUCGAAUGGACUGACGAUGGUGUAGAUCCCGCAAAGAAUAAAAGCCACGAGGCCUACAUCAAACAGCUGUGUCAGGAUUUCACGGAGGAGAUUUCAAAGAAAGUGAUGCAAGCCAUCGAGAAUAGGAAGAGAACGGACUUGGCCAACCCCUUGUAUGGAGAGAUUGUCGAACAUACAGUCUUCUGUCAGUCCAAAUGCAAAGCUUUUCAUGGACGACAGGAAACGCUAGACCUUAUUACGAAAUACCUUCGAGGAACUACUAGAACUCCUUUCAUUGUGCACGGACCUUCAGGCUGUGGGAAGACAUCGAUUGUUGCCAUAGCAGCUACAUUAGCAUCACACACCUUCGGCAGCAAGGUCGGGGUGGUAAUAAGAUUCAUUGGUACUACACCGGACAGUUCAUCCAUUGGUGCAUUGCUGUCCAGUGUGACGUCACAGAUAUGGAGGAUAUAUGGUAAAGACACAGACCGGGAGCUGCCUCCUGAUAUAAAGGAACUUACCCCAAUAUUCCACGAGGCUCUUAAUAUGGCCAACAGCGAUGAGCCUUUGGUUCUUCUACUUGACUCACUUGAUCAGUUUGACCCAUCUGGGGGCGCGCGGCAGCUUUUCUGGCUUCCUGAACAACUCCCUGACAAUGUGAAGAUGAUCUUGUCCACCUUACCGGAACCGCAGUAUGAGACAUUUCCCCGAUUACAGGAAAUGUAUUCUGAAAGAAACAAUUUCCUGAAAGUUCCAAAACUAGCGGACAAUGACGUCGAUGGUAUACUUAACAAAUGGUUAAAUCAAUGCAAUCGGGUUCUGACUGAGCAGCAGAGGCAAACCGUCCUUGGGGCUUUUCAGAAGUGUCCACUCCCUUUGUUCCUGAAACUGUCAUUUGAUGAGGCAUGUCGUUGGUCGUCCUUUGCAUCCAAGUCAGAGACAACUCUUUACACAUCUAUUCGAGGAAGCAUCAAUGCCCUGUUUUCCAGGGUUGAGGGACUACAUGGAAAAAUCUUUGUGUCAAGAGUUCUUGCAUAUCUCACUUUGAGUAAAACAGGCCUGACGGAGAGUGAGUUGGAGGACAUCCUGUCAUGUGACGAUGACGUACUCAAUGACGUGUACAUGUACUGGACUCCCCCUGUCAGGCGACUUCCGCCUCUUCUCCUGGUCAGGCUGAAGGCAGACCUGGGUCAGUACUUGAUGGACAGAGGCGCGGAUGGCGUGAGGGUCUUCUUCUGGUAUCACAGACAGUUCAUAGAGGCUGCCACAGACAGAUAUUGCUCUGAUCCUCAAUUGAACCAAGUAUUGCAUGGAGCUUUAGCUGAUUUCUUUGCUGGAACUUGGGCAAAUGGUAAGGCCAAAGCGUAUCUUGACAAGAAGGGUAACACAGAAACUGCUGACCGUAGGGCUGCAACACAGCCUGACAAAUUCAAGACUGGUUACAAUUUGAGAAAACUGAACAACCUGCCUCACCAGCGGACAGAAGCAAAGCAGCUGGGUCAGCUAAAGCAAGAGUGUUUGUUGAACUUUGCUUUCCUCCUGUCAAAACUACAAGCAUCGGGUUUAAGGCCCAUCCUUGAGGACUUCAUUGCGGCCAGAAAUGUGUACCCAGGGGACCAUGAACUAAAGACUGUGGGAGAGAGUCUUCAGUUGUCCCAAGAUGCUCUUGUAUCAUAUCCAAACGAGCUCCCGUCUCAGUUCCUGGGCAGGAUAAAACUAUGGGAUGGCCUGGAGGAUCUCCUGGCCGGUUGUAGGAAUGCACCAAACUUCUUCCUUGAGCCUGACAGACCCGUCCUCACAGAACCUGGUGGACAGCUGGUGAACUGUCUUGCCGAACACCAAAAACAAAUCUCUGGAAUUGAUAUGACCAAUGACUCCAACUUUAUUGUGACAUGUGCCUAUGACAGGUCGGUGAAAGUCUGGGAUGUUGCCAGUGGAAAACUGGUUCGGUCAAUCGAUGCGGGAGAAGACCCGGAGACGGUCCUACUCUGCUGUGAUGAUUCUGUAAUAAUUGUUCACCCAGAUGAACAUAUACUUGGUUAUGACUUCAAAACAGGUGCCCUGCUGUACGACCUAUUCUUAGAACAGAGAAGACGUUCGUUAUGUGUGGGAGGAAAGAACAACAGUAUCCUUGGAACCUUUUACAAACAGACAGUGUCACUAUAUGCUGCUGACAAAGGGACACUCAUAGGAACUGUGGUGUGUUCUCUGCUUGGAUAUUUUCAGAAAUGGUCGCGUAACAAAAGUCUCUAUGCCGGAAGCCUACGGUAUAUGGCAGUAGCUGUGGAUGACCAUCACUGGGUAUGUAUUCUAGAUUUAGAAACAUCACAAUUCAUUCAAAAGAAAGAGAUCUUCGAGAGGUUCAGAACAGAGGAUGGUGGUGCUGACCAAUACUCAGUGGAUACUCUUGCUCUUUCGCUCAGCGGACACCGACUCUACCUUUCUGGAUUUGAAACUGGCGACCUUUAUGUGUACAACACGAACACAAUGGAGCAGGAAACUGUCUAUCCAGGUAGUGACGGAGACACCUCUGACAAGUUCAAGAUUACAAAGGAUGGAAAAACAGUAUAUACUGCCAACAUUGACCACGUUGUUUUAUGGGAUUUACAAACUGGAAACAGAUCUACAAUACUUCAACAUGGACAAGACAUGACCGAUGUGGUGAUGAUGGACAUGACAACAGCUGCGUCCUACAGCGAUGACAGGGUGGUUCGAAUCUGGGAUUUAACCAGGGAAGCAAAGACUCACAGUGACGAACAAGAAGACGUUAUAGACUCAUGGGCCACGUGCCCUGUCGGCGAUGAUGAAACUGAUAACGUGGAAGAUGAAAACAAAGCAAAGCCCAUUGAAAUCAAGGGUUUGAAGACCCUUCCAAAUCCACGCUAUGUUCUGCUGAAAGCCAGUCGACCCACGACGAAAUACCUUCAAGUGUACGAUCUGCUAGUGAAGAAGGUAGUCAGACACAUCAAGGUGGACCUUUUGCCGUCCAAAAUCACCCCCCUUGAAGACAGCAUGCACAUCCUAAUACCAGUUAAAAGACGACUGAAGGUUGUAGACUUAUCAUCUGCAACUCUCCUGAGAACGUUCGAAGGGAAACUGCCAAAACACAGUACAGAUUUCAGUCUAGUUGCAAACAAGAAAGAAGUUGCGACUUUCACAAGAGGAUACAAGGGAAUCAAGCUGUAUGAUCUUGCAACUGGAAAGACACUGGCCGUAAUGGAGGCACAGAACACAACGAAAUUUAAAUACAUGACGGCUGGUGAGAAGGGCACAGUCCUGGUGGCGGCUAUACAUGGCGGGCCUUGCUACGUAUUCGACAUACCAAAACGGACAUGUUUGCAUAAACUCAACCUUCGUCAUUUCAACUCACAUAGUAUGUACAUCGGCGACGUUGUUUUUACCAACGACGACGCCUAUUUAGUGUUCGAAGUCAAGACACGCCCUCAAAAGGCACCUGAAGGUAGUCGCGAUGUCUACAUGCCACUAUGCUGGGAUAUACAGAGAAACUGUAUUCACAAGCAAUUGGUUGACUAUGAAUACUACCUUAAAGCUAUCAAUAAUGGCCAAAACGUCAGCAAGGUUGAUGCUUUCCAACUGCUUGAUAAUAGGACAAUAGCUGCCAACUAUACUGAUGCCCUCAUUCGAGUGUUCGAUCUACAUACAGGAGAAGUGAAAAAGAGGCUUGAAGGACACCUCACUGCCAACUUUUCAGUUGUCAAAGAUGGGCCUUUCUUGAUGUCACAUGGUAUCGAUAUUGAAGACAAUGUGAUCAAGAUGAUUGACAGGACAACAUUUGAGACUAGGGCCACCUUUUCAUUGGAUUAUGAGAUACAAGAUUUAGUGCUCACCGAAGAUGGCUACCAUGCGGUCGGGUACUUCAACGAGUCCAAGAAACCAGUGCUAUGGAGCCUAAUGGGAGGAUCUGAAGAUGAUCCAGCUAGGAAAGCAUUCAAACCUUUAUCAAGUUUCCCUGACAUCUAUGGACCUGACACGGUUCAACUACAACUACAACUGGAAAUGGACACGGAUGAGGAGGAAGACCCGGAUGACCUUGACAAAGACAUCGACGAUGUGUAAAGUGACAUCAAAGUCGACAGUGAUGCUUCGAGUCCUCUGUCCUCUAUCACUUCAUCGAAUGAAUCUGAUUGGUCAGAUUUGGACUUGGAUGAGAUGCUAUACGGGACGAAACGGGAAAGCGGGACAAAGAGGCAACGGACUGGAUACUUGAUUCGAGCUCUCAUAAUACAAAACAGUUACAAUGUUAUAGUGCAAUAUUGUACGUAUGUAGGUUUGUGUAUGCAUAUUAUUGUAUGUAUGUCAGGUGGUGGCAUUUCACAGAUCAGAAUGUUCAAUAUCGCCUUUCAGAUGCUUGAAAGAUUUCUUCAAAACUUAAUACAAAUAGGCUAUAAUAUCUAAUCUUCAUAAAUGUGAGAAUACACUAAUAGGACCCUUCACGGCUAUAGUGUACAGAGGAAAUAGAAAUAUCCAUUGACUUCAGAAAUAAGUGAAUUCAGUCAAUUUUCAAUUCAGAGUUGUCAUCUAUUAUUUCUGUGCUUAUAUUUUACAAUAAGAUUAUAGUUCAAUUGUGGCAUUAGUAGUGUCUAUAUACCACAAGAAGACAGUAAUAAAUAUAUAAUAUUUAAAUUGAAAUUAACACUAUGUACAGCUUAUUCUUAUGUCGAAAUGUCUGUCACAUGACCACGAAACUGACGUUCAUGAUCGUAUGAACGAUACAUUUUGACAUUCGUAAGUUUUUCACGCGACUCUUGACAUGUCAUUUUUCUGAAAUCUUGAACUCAGCGUCAUUGGGAAAAGUCAGAGUGUUUGACCACAUGUCCGUUCACGAAUCUCCUCAAUUCUUACAUGUAAACAUUCAUUUGAACAUUUAACAUACCUAUGUAUAUAUAUGUAGUAGCAUUAGUGAAUUGGUUGUUUCCAUUUUACCCUGAUCACAUUCUCUAUAAGAACGCCUGUGAUACAUUUUACUUAUUACUUUAGUGCGUGAGUUGGGUUUAACGCCGCUAUAUCACGGCGUGUCAGCUUAAUGUGGGAGGAAAGCCACUUCGGUGAAACCCUCGAGCACGGAUAUGGUGCUGACAAACCUAGAAACAUAAUCGGGGCGAACCGGGAUUCGAACCCACAAUCAUAGGUUCCUUGCGUGCCCAAGGGACGCAACCCUGGACAGCGAAUCGCGGACGACUGUACUUAUUACUUUAACACGGGAAUAAAAUUCUUGA